UCUCUCUGCCUGCCCACGAACCACGCCUGUUAUACGGACUCUGAUCCUUGCUGCCUGCCCUUGACCCAAGCCUGCAUAACAGAUCCUGGUUCUCGCUCACUCCCUUCCACUCAUGCCUGGUAACUCACUCUGUGUCUGUUCAUCAUCAGUCUUGAUACCCAUACUACUACUGUGGAUGUGUGUGUGCACUCCGGUGCAUAUUGUGUGUUUGAGUGAAGUUGUGAUUAAUAAAUAUUGCAUAAUGGAUCCCUCCGUGUCAGUCUCCACGUUACACAGUAAUUAUGGAUUUUGUCUUGUCUUGUUAUUAAAAGCUAUGGGCACAGAUUUGCUUUCUGGACUGAGAAGGCAAGAAGUGUCUUGGAUGGAAAAAUUCUGCUCCUUUUUAGGGUGAAAAGAAAAACCACAUCCAAUCUUCCGGCACAUGUCCAAGCAGUUCAAGAUUGGGAAAGGAAUGACAAAAGAUUAGUGGACUUGAUUAUCACAUCAAAAUCACCAGAGCAGCAUUUGGUGGUAUAGAUGGUUCCACUUUAAAUUACUCCUCUAGACUCUGAGUAUGGUUGACUUAAAUAUAGUCAAGUGACAAUUUGACUAUUAUUUGCCAAAUAUAAUUAAUUACUUGUGCAUUUACAUAUGAAAUAUAAUUUCCUUCUAUGGCCCAAAGGAUAUACUCAGUGGGAAAAGGUCAAAUUGGUUUCCACUAAACCCCGUUCUCAAGUGCCCGUCUUCAUUGAGAAUGAGCAGUCCCAGUCAAUCAUUUAUGACUACAUCAGAGGAAUUCUUAAUAAAACCAAAACACAGCUGACCUUCAAUGAUGAGGUGGAGUUCAUUUGUGGAUGUCUCCUCCCAGAGGCCAUAACUCAUGGCAUUUCCGAGUUACAAGGCUUGUCUUGGCAGGAGGCUGAAGAUGUCUUCCUCCAGGGCCCCAUUUAUCACGCAAGUGAAGUUGAGGAAUUUAACAGAAGAAUUGCUCGAGAAAUGAAAAAUCUCCCCAACAAGAAUCUCGAUGACUUGUAGGACCUCAUGAAAAUUUAUAAAAAAAUAGUUUGGUGUGAGAAAAUUACUCAGAGUACUAUCAUUUAUUCUGUGAAUAAUAAGAUAAUGUUCAUUCCCUCAACUCAAUACUAAAGAGUUUGAUAAAUCCUUAAUGAUUUAAAAACAAAAAACAAAAACAAUAAAU